CUGUGUAUUCGUAUAUUUGCUGCACAAAAGUAUAAAAAGCCGUAAAGUGCACUUUAGUUUAUACAUUUUGACACACUUUCAAUUAAUUAGAAAUACGUAAACUUAACGCACAAAAGCACCGCACUUCAGUUUUUUACAAACGGUGUCAACAAGCUAAGAUUAUAACCUUUUCCCGCUCGUAAUCCCACACCAGCACCACCAUUGCACAUUAUUACAAUAGACACCAACAUCAAUACUUCUACCGUAUGGAGCGCGGUGCCGGCGGUGGUCAUCACCAAUAUGUUGCUGCCGGCCAUCCCAACGUAACAUCCGAUGAACAUAAAAUUCAAUCUUCAUUUGACAAUCCUGCAACAAAGAAAAAACCGCCUAAAUUGAAGAGCAUUGAUCGUUCGGUUUCAAUGGCUAUAGAUAAUUAUGCACCACAAGGUAUUGUUGGUGGUACUUCACCACCGCAUAUGUUGUUUGAUGAUUCAAUGAUUAUUGAACAUCGUUCGUUAUCGCCAGUUCCCAUACGUUCAGCACCACCGCCACAAACACUUGCACUUCCCGCACACCAUCAGCACCAAAUGCACGGUGGUGGCAGUGGUGCCGUUUCACCAGCACUGUCAGCACGCCAACAACAUUUAUCGUUUCAGCACUUGGCAACACAAGCGCGUCAGCGCCAGCAUGCACAUCCGCACUCCAGUUCGACAAGUUCACCAACUUCGCAUGUCGUCAGUCCGGUACAGCCUGACAUUUAUUUAGUUAGCAGUAGUCUUGGUGACGAUGUAGGUGCUAUUGGUGGCAGCACAUCGCCAAUACAAUUCAUUGAUGACUAUAUGCUACCGCCAUCGCAUCGACAUACAGCCACUGCUACACAUCCUUUAAAAAAAUCAAUGUUUCGCCGUUCGGACACUAUUGAUGUGCAUCCUGCCUCUAGUUAUCAAAUAAAAAAAACUCAUUCUUUUCAUGCACAACAAGAUCCCAGUGGUAUGGACCAUUUAAUAGUUGGUCCUAAUUCACAAGGCUCCUCAGCUGCAUCCAGCAGACGCACAAGUUCCGUACGUGGAAAUUUUCUUAUGCCCAGCCAUCCCUCUAAAGACACAAGUCGUUCUCCAUCACCUAGUAGACGUGGUUGCAGAUCACAUCGAUCUUUUAAUGAUCCAUCUCGUAGACCAAGUAUUAAGCCUGAGUCCGUAGUUGAAUCACAAAUUCGUCAUCCAUCACUAAACGAUGAACUUAUGGAAUCUCUCGAUGGACGACCACCACUGUUUGCACCAACAAAUUUAUCAUUAGAAAAUGAACUUUUUAUAGAGUCACGUUCACGUAGUAAUAGUCAUACGAAAAUGGAAAAUGUGGGUGCCGAUAUGCCAGCACAACGUGGUGCUGCUAUGAUACGUAAAAGCUCCGGUUCGUUUGAAGAUGGUACAUCGCAUAGUGCUACCCAUCCGCCUGCAUCAUCAACCAGCAUAAAAAAACGUGAUCAUCCACAUUCACGGCAACACAGUUCACAUAGUCUUGAACUUGAUGGCAGACCAUCAACUUCCGCUGCUGCUGCUGCAGCUGCUGCGGCAACACAUGCACAUCCAUCACGCACAAUACAAUUACAUAGCGCUGCUGCAGCGGCGACGGCAGCAUAUCAUUUUAAACGUGGCGCACAACAUGGUCGCUCACUUUACUUAUCGCCAAGUAAUCUCGAAGAACUGCAAAUUCAUCGUCCAGGCGUACUAGCAGCUGCUGCUGCAUUUCAAGGCACCAACGCCAGUGCAAAACAAGCCAAAGCUCUUCAUAGCGCUAGUGUACGCCUACGCACAUACAGGGAAACCUUAAGCGCUACGAAGAAAUCGAAAAGCUUUAUUGGAGAUGGCACAUAUCCACCGCCUAUAAGUGGCAAUGACUUUGAGCUUACAUCACCCCACCGACGCAAUAGUCGUCCAUUAUCGAGUGCUGUACCCGGUGCUAGCAUUGAAGAUAUAAAACGUAGUCCACGCCCUAUGGCAAUAGCAUCCACAUCAACAGCUGCUGCAUUUAUUGAAGAAAAACGUCCAUCGUUCGAACGUAAACCAUCGCUAACAUAUGAAAUAGGUGAUGCAGCUUUUGAACAGGUACUACGACCUUUUCAUCACAAAGUGGCCGGACGAAAAUCAUCGUUGACCGGUACACGCAAAGCGUUGAAAAAGAAAUCGCUGAGUGAAGAGACCGAUGAAGACGAAGAAGCUGAUCGCAAACGUAAACGUAUCGUUUGCACUGUAAUGACCGUGUUCCUGUGUCUGGUAUGUGCCAGCGUAUUUGUUGUCAUCCUAACUUUAACACAUUCCUCAGGGCAAUCGCAACAGUCGUCGUCAAAGAAAAUAUACACCUAUACUAGAGAGACGCCGGUCCACUACAAUGUUCGCCAAGAAAAUGAGCGUAUGAUGAAAGAGGCCAUGGAUCGUGCAAGGUUCGAUUUCCCUAAACGACAACACCUGAUAAGUGAAAAUCAGGGCAGUGGAGCGGGGGAAAUAAUACAAGCAGAAGAACUGAAACAAAUAAGCAACGAUGAACCGAACAUUUUGCAUAAAGCAUUCACAAAGUUACUAACAUAUUUCAAAGCAACCACAAUCAGAGAAUUUCAAGAUACAACAACAGCAGCAUUAACAGCAAAUGCAGUUAAUACAACUACCAUUACAACAACAAUAGCACGCACACAAGCCACAUCAUCAGCUUCCACAACCCUAACAGCAACAAUAAUAGCAAAAACAAAAACAAAAACAACGACAUCAACAAACGGAAACAACAACAAUAACAACAACAGCAACAAAUAUGGCAAAACCAAUAUUACAACAAAAACAACGCUAGUCACAGUAACAGCCAGAGCAGCAGUAACAGCCCAAGCAGCAGUAGCAGCAGAAGCAGUAGAAGCAGCAGUAGUAACAGCAGUGGCAAUAACGGAUAUGCCACUGCAUUAA